CAUAGCGAGAAAUAUCGCCUUUAUUUAGAUUACAGCCAACUCAUCCCGUCCGGAGAUCGAUCUUCAACGUCGGAGGAAAUGCCUCUGCAACAAUAUAUAUAUUUUGGAGUUCAAAAUGGAGGAGGAGCCGUUGGCCCCCAUUGAGGUGCAGAAGAAACCAUGUGGCGGGAUCACUCCGCCGCCCAUUUACCAGAAGCUGAUGGUGGAGAACCUGACCGUCAUCCGACCGCCCAUCCUGAAGAUCUACUAUUGGGAGAGCUUCGACAUACCGGGCCUGAACAGGAAGCUGCGCUCGAACAAAGCAGAGCAUGAGCACACGAUCUCGAUCCCCAUCCGCCAGAUCCACAGCCAACCACUGAAGAUCGUCUACUGGCUGCGCAACCUCUCGCCGAGGAAAGCUACUCUAACUCUGAAGCGGAUCCAGAACUGCCAAUGCCAGCCGCUGAAGACCCAAGUCGGAUUCAACCAGUUUCGCCAACUAUUCCACUGUCCACACCGCAGACUGAUCCACAUCAACCAGGAGAUCCUGGCCAUCAAACCAGACGAGGUGGUGGCCCUCACCGUCACGGCCUUCUUCUUCCUCUACGGCGAACACCUUCUCACCUACGAAGUCCUCACUGAAGACAAACGUAAGUUCCUUUGGCAUUUCCAUUUGGAGAUCUCCGCCUUCGAUCCCGAAAAGUGUCUGCUCACCAAGGAGCUGCUGCCGGUAAACAUAAAAAACUAUUACCAUGUGACCCAGCCGUUAUGGGUGCAGAACAUCACGAUGUCCCACCUAUCGUUCUCCUUCGCUUCGAGGGAUCGCGGUCUUAAACUGCUCAAUAUGAAUCUGACCGUGCCGCGCCAGAGUGUGUGGCCCCUCCUGGUGGACUACCGACCCCUGGACUACGAAAAUGAGGCUGAGAUUGUUAUGUCCUACGAAAAUGCCAAAGCUCGCUACAAGAUCAAGGCGCGAGGGGUGCUCAUAGAUGAAAAGGAGCAGACGGACAUGCCUUUGAAGGAACGCGAAUGCGCCGACUUCCUGCACGUCAUCUAUCCCAACAGGCUGAGCUUCGAGGUCUGUCUAAGGGAAGAGCGGACGCAGCUCGUCAAUGUCCACAACUACGGACAGAAGUGCAUGGAGUUCCGCUGGCAGAGCUACAUAAUCAACGAGUUCUUCUCGGUGGUCUUCAACCCACCCAUUUUCCGCCUCAAGGCGCACCACUCGAAGCUGUGCGAGAUCAGGGUGUCGGUGUUCGAUCGCCUGGUGCACUUCCGGCGCAUUCCCAUCGUGCUGGAGGUGCACCGCAUCCUGGACCGCGCCACCCUGAUCGCCAAGCAGGAACUGGAGGAGGUCGAGUCCAUCGAUGAUCCCAAGUGGAAGGAGGACAGCUACUUGGAGCACGUCUAUCUGCACCUGAACAUCCGGACGAACGUGAAGCCAGCGUUGGACACCGCCGAGGAGUUGGAGCCCGGCGAUAAGAUUGAUCCCACGGCAGGUCCAGAUCCCUGUGCUCAGUUUGGUCCUGGAACUCCUCCCAGUGGAGUGGGAUCGGGAGAUGCUCCUACGCCAACCCCUUCGCUGACCGAGGAGCAGCGCAAGGAGGCCGAACGCAAGGAGCUGAUCAACCGUCUGGUCGCCAAAAACAAGCUCAAUCCCAACGAGGUCAUCGAGCUCAGCAUGGCCAUUGACCAGAGGAUCACCAUUUUCGAGAAGCUCUUCUGGAAGUAUCUCAGCAAGUCCAGGUUCAUGCGCAUCAAUUCCGAACGCAGGCGGCAGAAGGUGGUCAAGACCUACGAGCAAGUGGUUUGCCUGGAUGAACCGACGCCCCCGGAGAUAACUACGGAUAUAGAUCGAAACCACAUCAUAGAUAUAUUGUCCCGACUGAUGCAGGAGGCCAUCAACGACUUGGCCAAGAACUGGGUGUUCAUCCCGUCGCAGUACUACGAGCGCAACCAUUAACUGUUCCCACCGUUAACUAAAAGCUUUGCAAUUGCACCACCAA